GUCAAUUACCCAACUCCCAUCUUUUCUCUCAUUUAUUAUAUAAAUAAACAUUAACACGACCACUUUUUCACAAUUUCUCCUAUUUUUCUCUCUAAUUCAGCCUUUUUCAGAAUUUUUUCUCUUAAAAAUAUAUUUGAAAAUCCAUGGGCGGAGGAGGAGGAACAGAAGCUUUUCCUGAUUUGGGAAGACAUUGCCAGAACUCCGAUUGCAACCAAUUAGAUUUUCUUCCUUUCAAGUGCGAUGGAUGUAACAAGGUAUUUUGUUUGGAGCAUCGUUCUCACAAGUCUCACAGCUGUCCCAAACCGGACCACAACAGCAGAAAGGUCGUGGUUUGCGAAACCUGUUCGGCGGCCAUAGAAACCACCGGCCAAGACGAGAAGCUUCUGCUGGAGAGGCACGUGAGGUCCGGUAACUGCGACCCCCGAAACAAGAAGAAGCCCACGUGCCCUGUCCGGCGAUGCAAAGAAAUUUUGACUUUUUCAAACACCAGCACUUGCAAAACUUGCCAACUCAAGGUCUGUCUCAAGCACCGGUUUCCCGCCGACCAUACCUGCCGUGACCGUCAGCCCUCGGCGGAGGCGGUCAGCAAUGGUGGUCGCCGCUGGAAUGAGAAGUUUUUGGCUGCUUUGGCUUCAAGAAACGGGAAAGAUUGUGCUAAGAAAGGGUCUGGUAACUCUGCGUCUCCUCCUAGUACUCCUUCUGUCAAAGCAUGUUAGAUUUAUUGGAAAUUUGAGUCAUUUGAGUAUUUUGUAAUUAUAUAUAUACAUAAAUUUAUACCUAUAAAAUUAGUUGGGUUUGUUUCAAUUUGUGAUCGUGCGUGAUUCUCUAUCUCGUAUUCAUAUAUGAUAAUUAAGAAUUGAAGAUUGUUCA